GUAAAAAAACAAAACAAAACGUCCAACUCCUUUCGCUCUCUCUCAUUCUCAAUCGAUUCGCAUCUUUAAAUAAGUAACAAAGAAACCCUAAUCAGACACAAAGAUGUACUAAUUUCAGAUCUUACAAUCCCAAUGUCGACCGUAAACACCGGUGGCUACGGCACCGUCUCCGCCGCCUCCGCCGCCCCGCAACCACCAAUCACCGCCACCUCCACCAAUCGCGCGAGGGAGUCUCUCAUCGCCACUCCCCGGUCAUGGCGCGAGUUCCUGGAUUUGUCAGCUCUCUCCCGCCCCUACUCGUACGACGACGCCAUGGUUCGCCUCCGGCGAAACCUGAGUUACUUCCGGUUCAACUACGCCGCGGUAAUGCUGUUGAUCCUGUUCCUCAGCCUCCUGUGGCACCCGGUGUCGAUGAUCGUGUUCUUGGUCGUCCUCGUUGCCUGGUUAUUCCUCUACUUCUCUCGCAACGGCCCCGUCGUGAUCCUCAACUAUACCUUGGAUGAUCGAACGGUGGUGUGCGUUCUGAGCUUGGUCACGGUCAUUGCACUUGUGUUCACUCACGUGGGGCUCAACGUGUUGCUGUCGUUGAUUGUGGGUGUGUUGUUUGUUGGGUUGCACGCGUCUUUUCGGGUUACCGAGGACUUGUUUCUUGACGAGGAAAGUGGUUUGCUAUCGGUUGUGGGAACAAAUUAUUCCCGGAUUUGAUUUGAGUUUAUUUCACAACAUUUUUUUUUUUUUUUUAAUUUGUUUUGUGAGAGGUGUUUUCACUUUUCAGCACCUGUUUACCAUCAAGUUAGUUUGAGUUUUUCUAAUUUGAAAAUUUGAAUGGUUAUUGGUCCAAUGAAGAAGGUAGACUAGUUGAAAGCUGGGUUGGUUUGAUUCCUCUGUUUUGAAGGGGAGUCCUGGCAACGAUGACCAUGUAUGUUGAUUCUUGUGUAUCAAGCGACUCUUACUUGUAUCUUGACAUUCAAGCUGCUGAUGCCACUUUGGUUUAUCCAGUGUGGAUAGGAUUGUAACAAUCUCUAUGUAGCAAAGCAUUUAUCAACACUGAAUUUGAAUUAGUUGUAUUUUGUCAAUUUCUGUCAGAUAGAUACGUGAAUUUUUUGAGGAAGAGGAUCCAUGAAAGUAAGUACCAGACAAUGGAUAUAUCUUGCUUGUUCAACAUGUUAUUUUUCACUUCCAUGUUUAAAUUUAAUUUGAUAACUUCGUGUCUUUUGCUGCAAAACCUCAUUUUUCCCAUUGCUAAUCUGUAUUGUGGUUAAUAUCUCACAAAUGGUUCUGUUUCUGUUAGUUGUUUGUUUUGUUCUGAUACCCAAUGUAUUUUCGAUCAUUUGUUCCACCUUGAAAUCAUUAGGAAAUACUGUUUGUAUUUUAAACUUGUAAGUAGGCUUAUACCUGCUCCUUUCCUCAAAUCCGGUACAGGGACCCUAGCGACCAUUUAACUUCAAUUAGUUUGCCUUUUGUUGAUUUCGUAGCCAUUUAUUUAUUAUUUAUUAUUUAGCAAUUUUUUUGGGGUAUUUCUCUUAUUUAGCUAAAAGAAAGUGAAAUUCUUUUGGUGCUCAUCAUUGUUGAGUGUUGCUGGGAAUGAGGUGAAGAGCGCAGAAAGGGUGAAAAGGAGAGUUUUGGGAAGAAAGCUCUCAGAAUAUCAUAAUGAAGCGCAUUUGAAGGGUGUGUCCAAAUGAUGGCGGACCAUGAUUAUAAGCGGAUCAGUGUGUGUAGAUGCAAUGAUGAGUUGCACAUGGCUCCUGGAUUUGGAAAUUAGCUUUGCUUCCUCUGGUUUCUUCAUGUUUUAUGUGGGAGAAGAUCAAUGCAAUCAUGAAUGGUGGUAUGAUAAUAUCAUUUCUGCCUUCACUUAUGUGAUUUUCAGAUAUGAUUAAUGAUUUUUAUGCUACUGUGAAUAUUGGAACGACUAUGAUUUCAUACUUGAUGUUUGGUUGUUUUGAGGGUGCUGCAAGUCAAGAUGCAGCUCUAAAGUGCAUGGAUUACUCUCUCAGAUGACAUGUACGAGUUAUUUUCGCACUGUACAUAUUGGGCUGUCAAUUUUUAAGUUUAAACUUGCCAGUUAUGAUGAACACUUGAUGUAUACCUCUUUAUGACCCCUGGUUUUGCUCUUGGUAGGCGUUGGCUACUUCUGUAAAGUAAGGAAAAUUCGUAUUAGUAUUUUGGCAUAUUUAUGUCCUUGGA